CCAUCCGCCCUCUCGGCGCUCGGCUCCCUCGGCAGCCCCAGCCCUCCCCGUCCCCCGCCAUUUCAGACCGGGACGGAAAGGGACGCGGAGCGGCCGCUGCGGCGGGGCGGGCAAGGGAGGUACCGGCGUGCUCCCGCGGCAGCGGCAGGCAGGGGGGAGCGGUGCGGGUUCCCGGAGCUGGACACCCCCCCGACCCGCGUCCCUCUUCUUCCUCCCGGCGUCGCCCCGCGGAGGGGCCGGAACGGCGGCUAGCCGGGCGGGGGCUGCCUCCCCGCGGCUGUCCCGCUGCCGCCCGCGGGGCUGCGCCCUGCUCCGCUUCCCCUCCGCCGGCAUCCUCCGGAGCAGCCUGCGCCUGCCCCUCCGCCGUCCUUCCCCGCGGCGCGGGCGGUGGCUCGGCGGCCGCGGGAGGGGGUGGCGGGACAGGUGGCCAACGCCCUCCGGGAGCCCGGCGGCUCCAGCCCGUAACCCCCACCCCUCCCCUUUCCUCAUGCAUCUAUUCAGUUUAUUCUUUCCCCUCCUCCCAAGCCUUUAAACCCCUGUGCGCGGGGCCGAGGCGCCGGGCCGCGCCGGAAAGUUUGGUCGGCCUGGCCGCGUCGCUGGCUCGGGGCUGAGGGGAGCCGGGGCGGGCAGCGGCACCCCGAGCCCCGCGGGAGGUGGGGGGGUCCAGCCGCUGGGCCCGCCCGGGAAAACAAACAAAUACACCAAAAACCUGGGCAGCUGUGGCGGGGAAGCCGUCAAGUGAAGCUGGGCUCGGUCGGCGCCUGUCCCGUCAGAGCCGCCCGGCCGCGUGAGGCGGGUUCCCUGGUUGUGGUGAACCUGGCCCGGCUGCCGUACGGAUCCGGGAGGUCUCCGCAGCCACCGGGGCGUUGGGAAAGAGUGGUGGAGAACAGCAUCUUUGCCCCGCGAGAAAUACUCUCCGGCCUCUUUGAGGAUUUAGUGUAUCCCGGGUCUUCUGUCUCUUUGUAAUCCGUGCCUUUCAGCUUAGUGCCCACGCUGUGUUUCCUUUGUAUAAUUUUUUUUGAGAAACGGCAUGCCCUCACAGUUUUUUGUCUUGUUUUUCAGGGAGGGAGUUGCUUUCCGAUAAUAGUAAAGGAACGUGAUACUGAAUGAGAACGCACCAGCGGCAUCCUCAUUAGCCGGAGCCCGGCUCUGCUUAAUGUUGGUUUCUUUGUCAUCAGGUCUGCUAAAAAAUGACAGAAUAUAAACUUGUUGUCGUUGGAGCUGGUGGUGUAGGCAAGAGCGCCUUGACAAUACAGCUAAUUCAGAAUCACUUUGUGGAUGAGUAUGACCCUACAAUAGAGGAUUCCUACCGGAAGCAAGUAGUAAUUGAUGGAGAAACUUGUCUCUUGGAUAUUCUUGAUACAGCAGGUCAAGAAGAAUACAGUGCCAUGAGGGACCAAUAUAUGAGAACAGGGGAAGGCUUCUUGUGUGUGUUUGCUAUAAACAAUACAAAGUCUUUUGAAGAUAUUCACCAUUAUAGGGAACAAAUAAAGAGAGUUAAAGACUCUGAAGAUGUCCCAAUGGUGCUAGUAGGAAACAAAUGUGAUUUGCCUUCCAGAACAGUAGAUACAAAACAAGCUCAGGAUUUAGCAAGAAGUUAUGGAAUUCCUUUCAUUGAAACAUCAGCAAAAACAAGACAGGGUGUUGAUGAUGCCUUCUAUACAUUAGUUCGAGAAAUCAGAAAACACAAAGAGAAGAUGAGCAAAGAUGGUAAAAAGAAGAAAAAGAAGACAAAGACAAAGUGUAUAAUUAUGUAAAUACAAUUUAUCCUUAUUCUUAAGAAGUACUUAAGUAAUUUUUGUACAUUACACUAAAUUAUUAGCAUUUGGUUUAGCAUUACUUUACUUUCUGCUUCAUGAUCCUGUUAGCUUUACCUGAAUGCUUGUUUUAAAUGACAGUGGAAACUUCAUUCCUCUUAAAGUGCCAGUAUUCUUUGACUGUUGGUUCUUGAACUAGCAAUGCCUGUGAAACAAAAAACAAAAACAAAAAACCACACAAACCUGAGAACUGUCUUGGGGCUCUUUGGUGCAUGCACGGUUGCUAACUUCCUAUUUUUCUUACUGAUUGUGAACUUCUGUGUGCAAACCAAACAAUGAAGUGAUGCUCUACACAUUCUGACAUCCCCUUUAAUUUUUUGGCUUUUAAAUCUGGUUGGGAAAAAGGACUAGUUAGCAAAAGAGACCUCUCAUUUCAGCCUUUCUUUUAUUUUAGACUGACUGCAAUAUAGAGAGACCAGAAGCCUUUAUAGUCUUCCUGCAGAUUUUGCUUCUAGGCAUCUAGUCUUGUAGCAUUUCAGAUCAACUUUAAUGAAUGUAAAGAUAAAACUUUCACAAAAAAGAUUUUUCACCGCAAUUUGUCUCGGUCGCUCCUUAAAUACUCUAUUUUUUCUAUAAAAAAAAAGAAAAAUUAAAAAAAGACAACAAUGCACAUCUGGCAAUGGAAAAAGUAAAAGUUUGAAUUAGGUUGAUUUGAUAUUGUUAACGCAUUGCUUUAAGACUUUCACUAACUUUUUGUGUCUGAAGACCAAGGCAAAAUCCUAGCUCUCCUGGGCCCCAGUGGCAAAUGUGUAAGUAGCUUUGUGCAGUAGGUACAGGAUUUCACCCUUAGCGUCUCUAGGAAAUACUGGAAAGCCUUAACAGAUAAGUUGAUUCAAAUUCUUAAGUUAAUUCAUACGUGGAUCCAGAAUUUACCAUAAGAAUUAAAUCAGAAUGAAUCCUAAAUUAUAUAGUGAAGUAAAACCAUACUUCCUCCCCUCCCCCCAAGAGUGGCAUUAAAUAUUUUCAGAUGCCUGUUUUGUGCAAAAUAGGGGAAGAAUUUUAAAUUGUAGCAACAUCAAAUGAGUGAAUGGAUGAGUUGAAUUUAGCUGCUUCAUGCAAAUAAUUUGGAAAUCCACUAUGCCAUAAAAAUGGUGUGGAAUUUGCACAAACCGUCUGCAUAGAACAUGGUUUCCAGAGUCAAUGUUGUUUGUGUGCUGUUCGUGAAGUACUCGUUUUGUUGCACAGAUUAAAUGGUUGAUGAGUGGCAUUCCAGUGUCUAGACUGUCAUGAAGCUAGACCAAGAUUUUAAUGUUGUCUCUCUCUGUGAUUUAAGUUCUCUUGUGAUCACUCCUCCCACCCCCCUUUUCUUUCUCUGAUUGGAAUUAAUGCAGAAUUUUUGCAGAAGCUUUCAUUUUUUGGUACUGCAGUAGUCUAGGUAUUCUGCACUGAAGUAACAGCCAGUAAUUCCAGUGUUGCCAGCUCCUGUUGUCUUACUGUAUGUAAAUGUUGCAUUGUUUGGUUGUUUCAUUAGGGCCUGGGUUCCUGAAGGUAUGCUUCUUGUACCUAACUCAGCUGCAGAAUGAAAUUUGAAAAUGUGACUCUGGUGUACCCAGAAAAAUAAAACACAAGACAUUGAAGUAGGAUAGUUCAGGACACUGGAAAGCUUGGAACAGGGAAUAGCAGCAUUGCCCUAACCUUGAGGUAUACCUAAAGAAUUCUGUGGAAAUCUUACACAGUACAAUUUUCAUGUACCUGUGUAACUUGGACCAUUUAUAGGAUGUCAAAGGUGCAACUGCAUGAGGAAAGUAUUCUUUUGCUUCUAACCUCCCCCCCAAGUGACUCUCAUAGGCGGAGGGCUGCAAAACAGACAGGGAUGUAUACUGUCUGGAUUGCUGCAUGUUCUUUAAUUUCAACGUGGAUGAGAGAAAUAAUGCCUUUCCCUGCCUGCACCCCCCCAUUCCCCAUCCUCCACCAAACCUCAGGCUCCCUCCCCUCCUUUCAGCUUUGAUGUGAAAUAUAGAUUAUUACAUAUUCUGAAAAACAGUAAUAGGAGAACCUAACAUCAUAUCAUAAGGACCAAUAAGGAGUAAGAACAGAUUCUUAAUGUUGCAAAACAUCUUAUAGCUUCCAAGGUUAAAACAUUUUGGAGACACUUAGUUAUUUGCACAUUUUAGACACUCUUGAUUAUACACGAAGAACAUAGCAAAAGUGGGUAGUAUACCUUGAGCAAAUGGAAGUAAUCUUAAGUUUACUUCAAGAUUUUUGGUAACUGAGUCACACUGCAUGUAAAAUUAGGGCUGGUCUAAGAUUCUUAUGUUAAUUUAACUAAAAACUGGAGAAAUUUUAGCUGAAAUGUCUUAAUUAUCAAAUGUGGGUUUAUAUAGCUCUAAUAUAAAGCUAUAUAUAAAAUAGUUUGGGGGUUUUGUUUUGUUUUGUGUGUGUUUUUGUUUUUUUUUUUUUAGUAAAUAUGGUCUGUAGCUACCAAUCUAAUUAAAUGAGUACAAACCCUAUUUAGAUUAGCCCUUAUUUACUUCAAAAAAUACACAUCCUUGCCACUGUUGUGCAGUUUUGUCUUAAUAUUUGUUGAGAUUUGGUGAAGCAUGUUGGAUUGCAGCUUGCACAAGUCGAUCUCAUAAUUAUCCUGUCUUUCUCUAUUUGAAAUGCUUUCAAAGAACAUACCUGGGUGCUAUCUGUUCUGAUAGCAGCUACUUAACAAACAUGUGAAUCGCUUACCACAUUAAUACAUUAAAUUGCCAUGUGUCAGGGAGUAACACCUUCUUACAGUAGCUUUAUGUAACUUUGGUAAACAACCUUCUCAUUGGUUUUUCUCAAAACUGAAAUUUCAUUAUUUUGACCAGUCUCACUGCCCUAAAAUGUUUGCUAACUUAAUUUUAAGUUCCACCAUAUAGAUUUUGUUACAGUAGCGGGAUCUCUGUAAUGGGUAAAUACUGACACACAAUCUUCUGCUCCUGUCUACUCUCUGAAGCAAUACAAUUAUUACCUUCAAAGACCAUCAGACUGUAAACAAAUCAUUUUGUCUCAAGUUUACAUAAAGCUACAUAGAUGGUAAAUCUUUCCUAACAUUUCUUUAUUCCACUGUCUUGUGUUUUCAUGUUGAAAAUACUUCUGCUUUUUCCUCUUGAGUGCCAACUUCUUACUAGAAUGACUUCUUAAUGUAAUAUGUUUACCUGGAAUGUAUUUUAACUAUUUUUGUAUAGUGUAAACUGAAACAUGCACAUUUUGUACAUUGUGCUUUAUUUGAUGUGGAACAUAUGCAGUGUGAGCCAGUUUUUCCAUCAUUUGGUUGUGUGACCUAGGAAUGUUGGUCAUACCAGACGUUAAUUUAAAAAAAAAAAAAAAAAGGAAAAAAGGAAAAAAAAAAAAAAGACCACUGUUUGUUUUAAAAUUUUUAAUGUUUUUAGGAGUAUGUGCUGUGAGGUGAUCUGGAAUUUGUCAUUUUUUUGUCAAACUGUACUGCUCCUAUUUAUUGUAAUGUAAUAAAAAAUAGUUAUUGUGAA